UCUCGCCGCUGUCGCUGUUUUCUUUUUGUGAAUUUUGUUUUUGUUUCGGCCACAACAGUUAACUAUUUGUGCAAAAGCGCGUGUGCACUGCCCCCACCCCUCGACCAAAAAUACAGUGAAAGAGAGGGAAAGGAAGAAUAAAAGGAAAAGCCCAAGAGACACUCACACUCACGCGCGCGCUGAGUGUGUGCGUGUGUGUGUGUGUGUGUGUGCUGCGGACCGCCGCCGCCACCGCUGCCGCUGCAGUACGAAAAAUCGAAGAUCCCAGGACCUGCUCUGCUCCUCCGCCGCCAUCGCUCUCGUGCUGGUCAAAGAGAAGAGAAAGAGAGAAGAGAGGAGCAUCCCGUAAAGAACCGUAACAAUGUCCACCAUCGAAUUCGAAACGAUUGGCAGCCGACUGCAGUCGCUGGAGGCUGCGCUGCAGGCGCAGAACGAAUCCCAUGAACAAAUCGUCUUAUCGAGGCCGCGCGGCGGCAGCAGCGGCGUCAGCGGAGGCUCCUCAUCGCUGGCGCGUGUCCAACCAGCACCGGCAGCCCCCGGCAGCCUUGCCGCCACCUCCACCACAGUUGGAUCGGCCAUCAGCAUAGCCUCUAGACCCGCGCCACCAGUUCCUCAGCCAGCGCAGGCCCCCACAGCGGGCGUCUAUGGCGGCACCUUUAUCCCGCCCACCACCAGGAGUCCGCGUCCCACUCCAAACCUGCCACUGUCCGAGGCUGGCACGAAUCGGCGCCGUAUGAUCCUGUCGCUGCCCACACAGCCGCACCCCUCAGAAACGGAGACGGACAAGAAGCUGAAGAUCAUCAUGGCCCAGACGGGCAAGCUGAACAUAAACGGGCGCCAGUACCCGACGGACAUCCACGAUCUGCGGCACCUGGGCGACCUGGGGAACGGAACCAGUGGCAAUGUGGUGAAGAUGCUGCAUGUGUCCAGCGAUACGAUCAUUGCCGUGAAGCAAAUGCGGCGCACGGGCAACGCGGAGGAGAACAAGCGCAUCCUGAUGGAUCUGGAUGUGGUGCUCAAGUCCCACGACUGCAAAUACAUUGUCAAGUGCCUCGGCUGCUUUGUGCGCGACCCCGACGUGUGGAUCUGCAUGGAGCUGAUGUCCAUGUGCUUCGACAAGCUGCUCAAACUCUCCAAGAAGCCGGUGCCCGAGUGCAUUCUCGGCAAGGUCACAGUGGCGACGGUCAACGCCCUGUCGUAUCUGAAGGACAAGCACGGGGUCAUCCAUCGGGACGUGAAGCCCUCGAACAUACUGAUCGACGAGCGCGGCAACAUCAAGCUCUGCGACUUUGGGAUCAGCGGUCGUUUGGUGGACUCCAAGGCCAACACGCGCUCGGCUGGCUGUGCGGCGUACAUGGCGCCGGAACGAAUCGAUCCAAAGAAACCAAAGUAUGACAUACGCGCCGAUGUCUGGUCGCUGGGCAUCACGCUCGUGGAGCUGGCCACUGCGCGAUCCCCCUACGAAGGCUGCAACACGGACUUUGAGGUGCUCACCAAAGUGCUGGACUCGGAGCCGCCCUGCCUGCCCAGCGGCGAGGGCUUCAAUUUUAGUCACGAGUUUCACGAUUUUGUCAUCAAGUGCCUCACAAAGAACCAUCAGGAUCGACCCAAGUACCCGGAGCUCCUGGUUCAACCGUUCAUAAGGACCUAUGAGACAACCAAAGUAGAUGUUCCAAACUGGUUUCAGAUGGUCAUGGAGACGGCCGGCAAGCGGCUGCGCGUCAAUGGCGAUCCCACGCUGAAGAGACCAACAACAACAACAACAGGAGCGGCAACAACAGUUGGAAAUGGUGCAGCCGGAGAACCAGGAUCAGGAGCUCCAACAGCAGCAUCAGUGAUGGGACCAGGAUCAGGAGCAGCCCCAACAAAAUACGGCAGAGCGGCAAUAUCCUACCAAGCUCCGAGCACCAUGAAUCCACAGAAGACAAUAAAACCCACGCAGAUACCAAGCUACCAGCAACCACAGGCGCAUCAGCAACAGCAACAGCAGUCGCAGUCGCAGUCGCAGUAUUUCAUACAAUCAGCCACACAACUACCUCAAACAACAACAACAAAAGCAACAACGACAGCAGGAACAACCACAAACUGCUUCGGGCACAGCGGUGGGAGCAGGAGCGGUAGCAGCAGUGCCAGCCCACUGUCGCCGGCCAGUGGGCUAAGCGCCAGCCCGCUGUCGCCGCCGAGUGGAGGCAUCAGCGCCAGUCCACUUUCGCCGCCCGGUGGCAUCAGCGACAUAAGCAAACUGUAUCGGAAGUCGCCCUUCAUGCAGCGGAAGCUGAGCAACGGAAACCCUCAUCAUUAUCAGCAGCAGCACUACAAAUACAGCGAUGAGAGCCCCAAGAAGGAGUCGAUGUUCAGCAGUAUUGGCCAAUCGAUUCUACGCAAUCUGACGACAUCGCCCUUCAGCCAAAAGAAACACCAUUCAACAUCGUCAUCGUCGGCAUCGACGACACCAACAGCAACAAAAUCAACAGGAAUAACAACACUGCCGCACAACAACCAAACCGCAACAACCACGGAUAAAACAGCAUCAGCAGCGCCAACGUCAACGCCCACAACAACAACAACAACAGCGACAGCGAAAGCACCCAGCACGCCCCAAUGGCGACUGCCAGAGGAUAGUCCCUUAGCCUACGACAGCUGUGAUAGUAGUAGUAAUGUGAAUGUGAAUGCGAAUGCGAAUGCGAGUACCCUGACCUUGGGCCUAUCCUCCCCCUCGCCAUCGCUGCAGCGCAGGCCAUUUCCCACAGAGAUACAAACGCAGGCGGCAACAACAGGCUCGUCGGUGACCUUGCAGCUGAACAGCCAACUGCAGCAGCAGCAGCAGCAACAACCACAGCGCCUGCAGCCAGGAAAUCAAAGCCCCAUAGUAUUGCAACGCUUCUACCAUCAGCAGAACCAGCUCCGCGAGAAGGAGGCCGCCGAGCGGUACCAACAGCAGCGCCAGCAGCCAGUCGGCGGCACCAGCACGAAUCCAUUCCACAGCAACUACGUGCCGCCGCCGCCCUCGACGCACUCCACAUCUAGUCAGUCGUCCACGCAGUCGACGUGCUCGCAGAUUGCGGCCCCCCUCGCCAGCCUAUCGCCGCCCGGAGCGACGGCGGCAGCGGGACACUUUAGGGUGGGCAGUGCGGAGCAGCUGCAGUACCAGCCGCUGCCCCUAACGACGGCGGAGGUGGCCACAAGUCCCAGAUCUCCAGAGCAGCCGCAACCGCAGCCCCUGCACCACCAGCAGCAGCAUCCACAGCUGGAGUAUGGCGGUGGGGGAGGCGGUGGCGGUGGCGGGGGCGGUGGCGGUGGCGUUGGGGGAUCGAUGGUGGCCAGCAAGCUGAGCAAGCUGUAUGCCCGCCGGCAGCUUUUGGGCCAGAGCUCGAGCAGCAGGGCGAGCAGCAACAGCCUGGACGCGAAGGAGCAGCACGAUGCGGGCUGGUUCAACACUCUCGCCGGCGCCAUGAAGCGACAAUUUGCCACCUAUGUUAAAACCCAAUUGAAUUCCACAGCCACGUCACCAGUGGUCAGCGCGGGUGAGCCACAGCUACAGCCACAGCCACAGCCACACCUCCUGCCCAUGGAGUCCAUGUCGAGUCCUGUUCAGCUCCAGUCGCAGUCGCAGUUGCAGUUGCAGUCGCAGCCACAAAUGCAGUCGCAGGUACAGCCGCCGGCCUACAGGAGUGUCGUGAACAACGGAGGAGGCGGCAAGGCCUACUACUAUCGCACCCUCUCCGCGGCGAGCAGCAGCAGCAACACCAGCCAGAGCACCUCCCCUACCACGGAGCCGCUGGCCAGCAGCGCUGGCUUCCUGCGGCGCUAUGCCAGCAGCGGUGCCGGUCCCGGAGGCGGAGGCAGCAUCAGCACACCCCCCAGUCCGCACAUCCUCGCCGGACUGGAUCGCAGGCACCGCAGUCCGGACCCGCCGCCACGCUACAAUCGCGGCCAGUCGCCGUUGCUGCUACGCAAGAAUCUGCUAGAGCUGAGUGGACAGCCGCCGGGCUCCCCCCUGCUCCAUAGACGAUAUGUGUCGGCGUCGCCGCCGUUGCCCCCGCCGCGACGCGGCUCUGAGAGCGUGCCCGGAUCGCCACAGCACUUCCGCACCCGCAUCCACUACACCCCCGAGCCCCAGAGACGCAUCUAUCGCACCAUAGAUCAAUGAGUGGCGCUGCAAAUCAUGGUCAUGUGAUGCUGGUAUGGCUUCGAUGACGAUGCCGGGGGCGCAGGUGGCUCCGAUGCAUCCGUUCUGGAUGCGUCGCCAGGGGACGCAUCGCUGUCGAUGCCCGACCCUCGCGGCCACUUGAGCGCCGGCCCAACGCUGGGGGGGAUGAGCGGAGCGGGUCGUCGGGCAUGCUCGGCGAGUGGUUCGUAUGCCAGUUUGUAUGCGGAUGCCAAUGCGGAUAUGGAUACGGAUGCAAAUGGGGAUGGGGAGGCAUGGCCAGAGGCAGGAGCAGGGGCAAAAAACAGGCGAAAUGGGAACAGAUGGAUGGACAAGGCGCCGUGGACAUGUGAUUGAGACAGACAGACGGACAGACAGACCGAAACAUAUAGAGAGAAAAAGCAAACGAAAGUGUUCAAAAGUCUUAUACGUAUAAGUGUUUGGCCUCAGCGAUUCCUCAUCUUAGAAAUCCCUAAAUCUAAUUUAUACUACUUCUUCCGCUGUGUUUAUCUUUUCCUUUUUCUUAUUAUUUUUGUUUAGAAUCAGAAUCAGAAGAUACAUAUAUCGAUCUAUAUACGAGUAUAUAUAAAUUCCUUUGUGCAAUAGUUGAAAGCAAUAAUGUUUGUCCAUUGAGAUAUCUAUCUAUCUAUCUAUCUAUUAAUCUAUCUAUCUAUCGUUCAGUCGCCUGUAUGCCCCUUUCAAUGUUAAAUGUUUACAUUAUACAACUAUAUACAGAGAUAUACACAAGCAUAUACCUAUUAUGUACAUGAAUAUACAUGUAUGUAUAUUCCAUAUAGGAGUCAAGAGCAAUUUCGAUUUGUACGAGUUAUACACUUCAAAACAAAACAAGCAACCAAGCAAUCCCCAGGAGAGACUCUUCCUCUGUAAAUAUGUAUUUUUAGUCCAUUCGACAUGUUCCUUAACCAGACCCAGACCCAGACCCAGCAUUCGCAUACCCCCCCUGCCACUCACUGCAUGUGCAUACGUAUGGUAUGAACAGACGGACAUAGUACGUAUACAUAAGAAUAGGAUAGAAGGCAUAUACAUAGUCCUAUCCUGUGUGUGUGUGUGUGUGUGUGUGUGGAAAACUGAAACCAAAUUCUAAUCACAGUUUGUGUGGCCUCGUGUUCUUUGUUCCUCCUGUGCGUGCGUGCAAGAAAGUACAUAGUAUGUAACCUAUUAGCCACAACUCUAGUAACUGUCUAGUAACCCCAAAAGAGAAGAACUUUCGUUGAUUUGUAUUUGUAUAGAAGAGCCUUGUGUAUAUAAAGAGAGAGAGAGAGAGAGAGAGAGAGUGUAGAGUGUAGUGGGAGAUGUAGGCGGAUGUGUGCUGUUUGCAACCACAAAACAGAAGGGAAAUCCAAGCACAUCACAUGCGAAGAUAUUGUAACCGACUACUGUAACGAUUAUGAUAAUGCAAAUGUUUUAUUUAUUAUAUAUGCAUUCGGCAACAAGCAACAAUUCAUGAAACGAUCUGUUUUCGACUGAUUUAUGUGUUAAAGUUUAAGCUUUGGUACCGAGUAUGUCUAGGCCUAUGUAUGUAUGUAUAUUUUGAAGCGAGCAGUAUCCUUGGCUGUGCGUGUACGCCUGGCACGAUCUUCUGGUGCACCCUAUACGCACACCCAUCCAUGCUGUACUCUCUAUACACAGUCUGUGCGAGAUGUGUACGUACGUUUUUAGUUUUUAUGCGCAUAUGUAUAUUGUAAAAACAUUCAACUGAAAAACCAUAAUAAACCAUCAAACCGAA